UCUGUCGUUUUAGUUUUUCUGUCAAUGUUUAUUGUUUAGUAUAGAUUUUCUGUCUAUAACAAAAGAAGAAAACUGUUGAUCAAGAACGUGCGUUUUCGAAUCCAGAUGCAUAGAUAUACAGAUUUACGCUGAAGCAAACUGUCGCGCACUGAUUUUUACCAUCUCUCAACUAGAUAAAACAAUUUAGAAAAAAACAUCAAAUAAGUUACCUGUUUCAUCAUGAAGGACCAGUACCAAUCAAAGUCCAGCAAACUAGCCUACAGAAAACACCUGGACGCCAUUCGUGGACUUGCCUGUGUAGCCGUUGUCCUCUUUCAUUGCAAAGUACCCUUUAUGGUCAACGGGUGGAUUGGGGUGGACAUGUUUUUUGUGUUGUCUGGAUUCCUCAUCACCUCAAUUCUGCUACGGGAACUUCUGGAAUCGGAUCGCCUGAACUUCCGUCGAUUCUAUUGCCGACGUUUUGUUCGGCUUUUUCCAGCUUCGGCAACUGUUCUCGGCAUAACCGCUGUUUUGUUCCGAUACACAGAGAUGCCCCAAUAUGUGAGAAUGCACAAACAGUCGUUCGUAGCGUCGGCAUUGUACUUCCAAAAUUGGCACGGUUUGAGCAUAGCGCUGGACUAUUUCACAGACGAAGGCUCCGAUCAGAGUCCAGUCAUUCAUUUCUGGUCUCUUUCGAUCGAGGAACAAUUCUACGCGGUCUUCCCUCUUUUUCUAUCGGCUACUUUUUUCGUGUUCAGAAGAAAAACGACAGUUAUGCUUUCAUUUUUUCUAUUUUGCGCGGUAAUUUUUACCGCAGAGAAUGUUUAUUUAGCUUCUCAAUCACCAAUGAUUUCUUACUUUUCCACCUGGGGUCGACUAUAUCAAUUCAGCUUGGGUUCUGUUAUAUCACUUUUGUUGCUAAUUACCAACGCCAAUAAGUCCUCAAUCAUUGCUGCCAAAAUGCAGAGUCCUGUUUUAAAAUCACUGGCAGAUGUUUUAUCACUGGCUGUUCUCGCUUGUUCAGCAUAUCUAGCGACGGUUGCAAAACUAUCUCCUCUAAUACUUGGAACAGGCUCUGCCUUGUUGACCUUUUUAUUAAUCAUACUGCUAGAAAUCUCGGAUGACGAUAAUUUGAUCAAGAGGUCUCUUUAUCUGAACCCAAGCCUUUGUUUUCUCGGAAAGCUUUCUUACGGUAUGUACCUUAUCCACUUGCCUUUGACGAAGCUGGGCGAUAUAAAUGCAGUACUACCUACAGAAGGACCUUUUCGCCCUGUCGCCAUAUUUCUUCUAACAGUUUCACUUGCAGCUAUGAUGAAAAAAUUAAUCGAAGACCCAUUUAAAAAGGAGUGUUCUAAAUUGCAAUCUAGGAGGACUUUAGCUAUUUUCCUUUUUUUAACCAUUAUUCAACCUAUCAUUCUUAUCCAGAUACUCUCAGACCCGAACGAUAGAUCGGUCAGUUACAAUUACAAGUUUCCUAAUAAACUUGAUUUGAUUGAUAUUACUAGAAAUUUAUCGGAUACUUCAACUUUCCGAAACUUAAGCGGAAUUGAUCCAGCUCUGGCUAAAUAUUGUGAGUUACUACCAGUAGAUAGAAGUUUACUUAUCGUUGGCGAUUCAUACGCAGCCCACUGGAAAGAGGUGUUCCUAGAGCUUCACGAUGCUUGUAAUAUAAAAGCUAACUAUGGUGCGUUUUGGAAACCAGGUGCACCUUAUUUUCCAGUCUAUAUGUGGAAAGUAGCGGCGGGUAAACCGGAAUACAAAGAAGCCUUAAAAAAAGAUCCCAACUUUAUUGCCAAUCCGGCGUUGGAGUACUUAAAGGAAAACAAAACCGAUAUUUCUCUUUACUUUUCGAGGUGUCUUCAUAAUUCAGAUAUCCAGUUAACAAAAGACAGUCCGGUUGUAAAUGGCAUGAAAAAUCUGGACGGCUGGAAAGAAAUGAUUCAAAAAGCAUUUCCUGACUUCAUUGAACGAGUGAGCCAAUACACGACUCCUGUUAUUAUGAUCAUGCAUCAAAGACCAAACGGCAACCCCACAGAAUGUAUCAAGAGGCUUCAGAACCAGAAACAGGAUCUCUCCAACUUGACAAACGCCUGCCCAAUUACAGUCAACGAGGAACCAGGUGUAUCUUGGUUUCGAGAUUAUCUCAAAGAACUUCAGAAAACGUAUGAAAAGCUACUUUAUAUUGACAUGGGUCAACUUUUCAUUGGCAACUUUUCUAGGCCAACUAUAAUUUCAGGAUUGUUUGAAGGGGUUCCAGUUUUCAAAGACGGCAUCCAUAUAUCUAAAGAAUUCGUAUUCAAGAAAAUGCCGGUUUUGCUGGAAGAGCUGCGCCGCCAGAAAAUGCUUUAGCCAAACACCAAAUGGGCGAAACGUAUAUGGCUCAAGUUCAAGAUUUUAAAUUUCCUAAAAAAAACUUCACAGCUAAUAGUUUUGCAAAUUGGUCUGAUUCCAGUCUCUUCAGAGAAAUUCUGCGUUCUAAUUAUUGAGAUGGAAUCACAGCGAGAACUUACGGCAGCUAUUAAGAAAAAUUCGAACUGAUUCAAAUCUCCGUGACUUUAAAAACGACAAUUUUGUAAAGUUGAGUAGUUUUCAUGGCUAAAAAAAUUGUGUUCACA